GAGAGAGGGGAGAGAGAGAGCGAGAGAGAUGACGCCACAGGAUGGCCGCCGCCCGAUCAAGCGCUCGACCGUCUCGGACCAGCAGCGGCGACGGGAGUUGGCUCUCGUCCGCCAGGCCCAGCAGCGAUCGGAUUCUCAGAACCGUGCCCGCCGCCUCGCCUCCUCUGUCCUCGCCCUCCAGUCCUCUCCGGAGCCUGCCCUUCCCGACGACGCCAUCGAACCGGUGCAGGCGCCGGAGGUGGAUUGGGCGCAGACCGAGGCGGUUUUGACUGAGUCCGAGGCGCCGGUGAGGGAUUUGAACGUGGCGCAGGCCUCCAAACUCAGGGGCCGAGAGGCUCGCCGGUGGUUCGCGCACCAGCUCAUGCUUCCAGAGUGGAUGAUCGACAUCCCUCCUCACCUUGACCGAGACUGGUUUGUCUUUGCAAGACCUGCUGGUAACCGGUGCUUUGUCGUUUCCUCUAAUGGUACCACCAUUAGUAGGCUCCGGAAUGGAUCUGUGCUGCAUCACUUUCCUUCUUCGUUACCUAAUGGCUCCAGGACAAGAGACAUGUCAGGCCCUGCAAGUUCGUAUUGUAUCCUGGAUUGCAUUUUUCAUGAGCCUAAUCAGACAUACUAUGUGAUUGAUAUGGUCUGUUGGAGAGGGUACUCGUUGUAUGAUUGUACUGCAGAAUUCAGAUUCUUUUGGCUGAAUUCUAAGCUUGCAGAAUCUGGAGCUUGCAAUCCUCCAUCAACAUACCACAGAUACACGUUUAGUGUUGUUCCUAUCUAUGAUUGUGACCAGGCAGGUCUGCAUGCAGCAUAUUCUAGUGUUGUGCCUUAUGUGAAAGAUGGGUUAUUGUUCUACAACAAACAUGCACACUAUCAAACUGGGAAUACACCUUUGGCGCUAGUGUGGAAGGACAACUACUGUAGUGAGUACUUCCUUGAUACAGACAGCAAAGGAUUGGUGCCAACUCAGCAACAGGUUGUCUUGGAGAUCCAAGAUGAUGGUAGAUUAACAACCUCUGAUGAUCCUCCUGUUGUAUUUGGUUGUGUAGAGGCGGAUUUUAUUCAGAAGUCAGGUCUGCGGGCAGGAAACCUCCUCCGAUUUGCCAUCAGAGAUGAAAGUGUGAGUCUUGUUGAUGGCAAGCUGGAGAUAGGUGGUUUACAAUUUGUAAGCAAAGCUAAUCGUGCACGGGCUUUUGCAGAUAGCUACUCGAAGGUUUUCUUCCAGUAUGCUGCUCGGCAUUCUCCUCUUCGAAUCGAGGAUCUUGCUGCAUCGGUUCAGCCAAGUCAUGUCCAUGACAACACAAUUAAAGAUGUUGACAUGGAUGGUUGAGAGCUCAACACACACGUGUUCUCUAUUAUCAGGUUUUCUUUCGAAGAGAAUUGGUAGGUCUACAUUUUUCUUGUAUACCAAUUGUACCAAGUUUAGAUUACUGGCCCGGAAUUUCUCCCAUCCCUAAACUAAUCUUAUUUGAGCAGUGCUGGUAUUUGGUCGUUUGCCAUGGAAGUUUUGUACAGAUGGUAGGGAUGCAGGCAAGACAAUGCCGACUUUCUUGUUAUUCAUAUGUAUUUUGUCAAAAAAUAUAGCUGAUGUAUGAUUGAAAUCUUCUGAAUCUUUCCCUGA